UAAAACAAAAAUUCUAUAAGAAAAAAAAGAUUAUGAUUCGUGUGAGUAAAAAAGAAAAAGAAAGAAAAAGAAAAAAGAAAAAAAAAAAGAAAAAAGAAGAAGAAAGAAGAGGGGGAGAUUCCCCUCGUGCUGACAGUCUGUCUCAUUCAUCUCGUGGUUCUGCUUGUGCUACUUCAUAAAAAAACACACCUCACACUCUCACUAUCAUCAAACUCUUAACUCUGUCUUCUCCGUCUUCUUCCAUUCAUUCUUUCAUUCAUUCACUCACUCAUUCAUGGCUUCCCUCAUCGAAUCUGGCUGGCUGUAUCUGAUUACACAUUUCAGCGAUUUUCAAUUGGCAUGCCUAGGAAGCUUUUUUCUUCAUGAAAGUGUCUUCUUUUUAUCUGGGCUUCCUUUCAUAUAUUUUGAAAGGGCAGGGUGGCUGAGCAAGUACAAGAUUCAGACCAAAAAUAACAGUCCUGCAGCUCAGGAGAAAUGUAUUACUCGCCUACUUUUGUACCAUUUUGGUGUCAAUCUGCCAGUCAUGAUAUUCUCCUAUCCUGUCUUCAAAUACAUGGGCAUGCGAAGUAGUCUUCCAUUGCCGUCCUGGAAAGUAGUUCUAACGCAGAUAAUAUUCUACUUUAUCCUGGAAGAUUUUGUGUUCUACUGGGGACAUCGGAUUUUGCAUACAAAGUGGCUGUACAAGCAUGUGCACAGUGUCCAUCAUGAAUAUGCUACUCCAUUUGGUCUGACAUCUGAAUAUGCUCAUCCUGCUGAAAUACUAUUUCUUGGUUUUGCUACUAUCAUUGGUCCUGCCAUCACUGGUCCCCAUCUGAUUACUUUGUGGUUAUGGAUGGUGCUAAGGGUCCUGGAGACAGUUGAAGCACACUGUGGUUACCACUUCCCAUGGAGCCUUUCCAAUUUUAUGCCUUUGUAUGGGGGUGCCGAUUUUCAUGACUAUCACCACCGCUUGCUGUAUACUAAAUCUGGCAACUACUCGUCUACUUUUAUCUAUAUGGACUGGAUAUUCGGCACUGAUGUAGGUUACAGAAAAUUGAAGGCUUUGAAGAGUUCUGGAGUUGAAAAUGGCAACAAGCAAAUGUAAUGUUAGAGAAGAUUCUUUUUGAUUAGCUCUACAGCAGAAAAUGGGUUCCUGAUAUAACGUCACCUCUGGAAAGUUCUCUCUCCCGCCUUUUUCUUGUGUGCAACCACCCUAUUUUGUUUAGUUGAUGUUCCUGUUACAGCUUGUGGUAGUGUGGAUCAGUGGGAAGCUUCUCUGGAAAUCUGUGUCCUCAUGUUCUUCCCUACAUGAAUGAAAUUGCUGUCCCUUUUAAAGCUUUUCUAUUCGCAAAAUAUGCAACAUAUCCUUUAUCCACUUACUAUGCUGGAGACUAGUUAAUCAGACUGUUCCGCAAAUGCCCUUUCUUUUUUUUUUUUCUUAAUAAUUUGAGUUCUAAAGUGGACCCAGCUAAUUGAGUUGACUUGAUAUCAGUGGAAUGUUAAUAUACUUUUUGGGAGUUAGUCUGUAGACAUGCGGAUGUUCUUUUAUCAGUAUUUUCUUGUCUCUGUAACCAGGGAGUUACUGUCAUAUUUUGUAUAAACAUCAUUCUGAUAAACAAAGGUAUCAUGGAUUUGAAACUUGCCCA